AUGGUUCCAUUUUCUUCAUACAAAAAGAGUGCGUUUGUGUACAAUGCGUCUACGUCAGUGGCAGCGUUAGCUCUAGGAAUAGAAACCGUUUAUAACCAAUCUAUUUUACCUGGUUAUGUGUUCAAUGUAACCCCAAUAGACACUAAAUGUGAGAGUACUGCAAGUAUUGGUUCUCUUGUUGAUGUUUUGAUGCAACAAAAAAUAGAUGUCGUUAUUGGACUUCCUUGUUCGAAAUUUAUAAUUCUUGUGGUACCCCGUAAAGAAUUGAGAAAGUAUAUGCUACGAGCUCAUAGUUUGGGGAUGACAAGAGGAGAUUACAAGUUUAUAUUUGUUGAUACAAUGGCUGAAGACAAAGCCUUUCUAAAUGGUGAUUCGAUAUGGAACACCGGUGAUGAUUCCGAUUCUGAAGCCCUAAAAGCGUUUCAAAGUGUUAUUUACAUUGUAGGCAGGAUGGAAUUUCAGAAUAUAUCAAUUUGGGGAACAGCAGCAUUGGAGGCUUAUAGUCGUGUUUUUUCUGAUAGCGCUGGUAUUCCUGCACCAACUUACCCCGAUCGUUUCUCUGGUCUUCUACAUGACGCUUUUGUUAUGUAUGCAAAAGCAUUGAAUAAGUCACUUGAGGCCGGCAAUAACGUAUCUGUGAUGGAAACGGCAAAGACAGUUAUCUUCACAGUUUCGCCUAUUGUGUUGUUUAUAUUGAUGUUGAAGUUUAAAUUAUGGAAAAGGGAGCGAGAUCUUUUGAAAAUGACUUGGAAAAUUGAAUACGGCGAUUUAAACUUUGAUAACAGAUCGAGGAAGAUGCACUCAUCUGAGGACUUUGAUAACCAGUGUGGUAGCAAUAUAAACCAGUCAAGGGAUUUAAAGAGUCGGACGUCAAGUGUUCAAUCUGGUAAAAGUUCCGUCGGUUUUAGACAAGUGUUCACUAACGUUGCAAUAUUUCAAGGGGAAAUAGUUGCAGUGAAAUAUAGUUCUUUGAAGAAAGUUCGUGAAGAUAGGGAUUUCUUAUUGCAAAUGAAAUGUUUAAAGGAAAUAAAACAUGACAAUCUUGUUAUGUUUAUCGGUGUUUGUUUGUCUUCGGAGAAAGUAUGUUCAGUCUGGGAAUACUGUAAAAAAGGAAGUAUACAGGACAUUAUAGGAAAUGAAAGUAUUCGACUCGAUGCCAUGUUUAAACUUUCUAUUGCAGUUGAUGUGUGUAAGGGAUUAGACUAUAUCCACAACAACAAAAUAAUACGCUGCCAUGGUAAUUUGAGAAGCUCGAACUGUGUUGUAGAUAGCCGAUGGGUUUGUAAAUUGACACAUUUUGGUAUUGAGAGACUUACACCAGCUCCGGAAACUCAACAAUCGAUUGGAGAACAUGCUUUUUAUACAAAAUUGUUCUGGACUGCACCUGAAAUUUUACGCAAGAUAUUCCUAAAGAAAGAAAUUGAGAAGACACCCCAAUCUGACGUUUAUUCUCUUGGUGUGAUUUUGAUGGAGUUGGUUUGUAGAAGUGAACCAUAUAGUUCACACCAAGAUCUCAGUCCAAAAGAAAUUAUUCUUAAAGUUGCACGGUCAAGUACUGGAAACAACAUAUUUAGACCAAUCGUCUCGGACAAUAUGCUGGACCUUGAAUGUAGUGGAAUAGGAAUUAUUCGUUUAAUAGAGAAUUGCUGGACUGAAAACCCAAAUUCAAGACCAAGUGCAAAGAAUGUUCUCAAAAAACUUUUAAAGAUAAGCCCAUUUAAGAAGCUUUGCUUUGUUGAUAAUAUGAUUUUAAUGAUGGAAAAAUAUACAAACGAUCUGGAAACUAUUGUCUGUGAGAGAACACAGCAGCUUGAGGAAGAAAAAAUAAAGACCGAAACACUUCUCUAUAGGAUGCUGCCAAGAAAAAUUGCCAAUGAUUUAAAGUUGGGAAAUACUGUACAAGCUGAAGCAUACGAGUCGGUGACAAUUUAUUUCUCUGAUAUAGUGCAAUUUACAAACAUUGCUAGUGAAAGUACGCCGUUACAGAUUGUAUGCUUAUUGAAUGAAUUAUACUCCUUAUUCGAUGAAAUAAUCAGCAGCUAUGACGUCUAUAAGGUGGAAACCAUAGGCGAUGCAUAUAUGGUCGUGAGUGGUCUUCCGGAAGAAAAUGAUAAUGAACAUGUCAAGGAAAUUGCCAGAGUAUCAAUCAAGAUACUUGCUGGUGUUCUUACAUUUAGGAUCCCACAUAGAACACAAGAGCAGCUAAGGAUAAGAAUAGGAUUGCACACUGGUCCGGUUGUAGCAGGGGUUGUGGGCCUUACUAUGCCAAGGUAUUGCUUAUUUGGUGAUACGGUCAACACUGCCUCAAGAAUGGAAUCAAAUGGAGAACCAUUGAGGAUUCACAUCAGUCCUGAGACUAAAGAGGCUUUGAGUUGCUUUCCGAACUUUUUAGUAGAGGAAAGAGGAGUUGUUCCUAUAAAAGGAAAAGGACUCAUGUGUACUUACUGGCUAAAUGGUGAACUUGAAGAACACGCUUGUAAAGAAACCGACUCAGCUAGACUAACAAAUGACAAAUUGUGUUAAAAGAUGGGUGUGCUUUAUUUAGGCGAAAUAAACAAUACUUAAGCAUUUGGAAGUAGACAUAUGUAUAUGAAAUUGAAAUGCUAUCUUCAUUUUGUUUAUGUAUAUUGUAAUUUUGUAGUUUUAUUUAAAGUAUUUCAAUUCUAUUUUAUGAAACUAUAUACAAUUAAAGGGAUUCCACCGAGGUUUUUUGACAUGCCGGGCCCGGGAAUA